UGGCUCCUGGGAGAAGAUGGUGAGGUCUGGGUCUGGGUCAUGGGAGAAGGCCCUGGUGACAAACCCUAUGAAGAGAUCUCAGAGGAGCUGAUCACCGAGAGGGCACGGCUGCAGGCGCAGAGGGAGGCUGAGGAGCUCUGGAGACAGAAAGAAGCAGAGAUCACUAAGAAGUUCCGGGAUGCUCUGGCCAAUGAAAAAGCCCGGAUCCUGGCAGAGAAGUGGAAAGUGGAGAUGGAGGACCGCAAGGCUGCCAAAAUCCUGGAGGAACGCAUCCAUGAGGAAUUCAAGAGGAAAGAGGAAGAGGAGAGGAAGUGGGGAGAGGAGCAGAUUCGCCUUCAGGAGGAGCAGAGAGCGAAGGAGCUGUACUGGACCCUGAAGCAGGCACAGCUGCACAGCCAGUGCAGUGAGCACGAGGAGCGCGAGUGGAAGGAGCAGUUGUGCAGGAUCAAGGCGGCUGACGAGGAGCGGAGCCGGCGAGCUCAGCGUGCCCGGGACGAAUAUCAGCGACAUUCAUUCCGCGCCAUCCAGAAGGGCACCGUGGCUGGGCUCAGCUCCAUGUUUCAGGAGCUUGGCCAGAACCAAGAGCAGGAGGCGAGACUCUACCACCAUCUGCCUGGCCCCGGCCCACCCCUGCCCCUCGCUGCGCCUGUUGGCAGGACCUGGGAGCGACCAUUGCGUCCAGUCUCCAGAGAAAUCAUCGUCCGCUGGUUUAAGGAGGAGCAGCUGCCUCGCCGAGCUGGCUUCGAGAGGAACACCAAAUCUAUCGCUCCCUGGUUCCAUGGAAUUAUUAGCCGAGAAAAUGCAGAGGAUCUCCUGGAGAACAUGACUGAGGGUGCCUUUCUGGUCCGAGUCAGUGAGAAGAUCUGGGGUUAUACCCUCUCCUACCGCCUGCAGAAAGGCUUCAAGCACUUCCUUGUGGAUGCGUCUGGGGACUUUUACAGCUUCCUGGGAGUGGACCCCAAUCGCCAUGCGACUCUCACGGAUCUCAUUGAUUUUCACAAGGAGGAAAUUAUCACUGUUUCUGGGGGAGAGUUGCUGCAGGAACCCUGUGGACAGAGGGACAGCCCCCCAGACUAUCAUCUGUUGUUUGAAUGACAGUUUUUCUCUUCAUCAAUUGGGUUCCUUUUUUUUUUUUUUUUAAACCCAGCUUAAGAACUUCCCAACUCAAAUCCCUAUGGCUUUCAUCAAGAUCCACCACAAUCCACAGGCACAAAUAGAUUAAUAUAUCUCAAUCCAUAUUAAAUACAUGGCAUUUGUGCUACUGGUCCCAUCCCCAUGCUGGGGCCAAAAUUUGGGAGUGGGUGAUGCAACCUGUUUUGUGGAGAAUUUAGCUGUGACCUCAAAAGAUGAAGCUUAUUUGUCAUGGUUGCCUUAAACCACACUCCUAGAGUGCAUGGACCAUGUUUUGAUAAUUUAGAAUAACCCCAGUGCUGAACCCUGAAUCUAACACAUGGUAGACUUUCAAUAAGCAUUUGUUGAAAAAAUGCAGUUCUUCCAAAAGUUUUCCAACAUGAACCUGCAAUUAUUAUUUCCUGCUCCACACUCUAAAGUCAUAGAAGUAAAAAGAAAAGUUGCACAGGAUUUAUAUGGAGAACACAGAUGUGACGUUCUUCCUGACAUUCAUCACCCUCAUUGAUAUCUUCAUUGGAAUCACCUGAGGCUUCCUAACCUCAGCUUCCUGGACAGGUGACAGAUUCUGCACUACCUUCCUCAUUUAAUCUCUCUUUUUCCACCCUCGUCUUGUGUUGGAGACAUAUCUUGGCCCUGGUUUUGCAGUAUUAAAGCAGUGAUCUUAAAUAUUCCUACAGAUGUGCCCAAGACCUAGAGUGAAUUAUUAAUCCAAGAAUGGUGUUUAGGCAUCUAACAAGGCCUGUGCCCUCUAGGAUGCUGUCUACAUGAAGUAACUCAAAUGAUUAGGUCUAUCCCCAUUGCUCUUUUGAUUUUGAUACUACAGCCUAUUUAAUCUGAAUAUGUUCUUCAUAUUAACAAGAAGACUCUCCCAGUGAUCCCUCAAUAACUCAGGGAUGGUGUCUAUUUGUUCCAUAUGGCCAUAGACAUGGAGACAGCAGAUUGUGAUAAGAAAAUUACAGGCUCUAGGGUCAAGAAGACCUGGUUCAGAUCCACAGCCCUGAAACUCACUACCUUGAAGCUCAGUGCUUGGUGGCCAUACAAAGACAAGUGAACUCUGAGGACAGAGUUCAUAAUCAGGGGCUGGUUAACGUUUCUUGGUAGCUGCAUCAAACCUCUCUUAUACUCUACUUCUCUUCUUACUUCACCUGUUCCUCACAUCCUUGGCCACUUGUUUCCCAAGCCACUGUCACUGUAACCAGUUUUGCAUGAGCUAUGCUCUUUUUUUUUGUACAUGGGGAUUGAACUAGGGACCUUGCACUUGUGAGGCAGGUGGUGGCACCACUGAGCUAAAUCCCAGGCCCAGAAAGAUUGUUAUACCUGCGUCCUUCAUUCUAGCAGGGACGAAAUGAGGCAGUAAUGUCUUUUUAUUUUUGGUACCGGGAACUGACUCAGGACCUUGCGCUUGCCAGGCAGGUGCAGUGCUGCUGAGCUACAUCCCCGGGCCUGGGCUCUCCUCUUUCUCCCUUUUUUUUUUCUUUGUACUGGGGAGUUGAACUCAGGGCUUUGUGCUUGUGAGGCAGGUGCUAUGCCUCUGAGCUACAUUUCCAGCCCUCUUUCUUACUCUGUUGAUCAUCCAGCAGUGCUUUGCCACCUUGGUGCUAUGGGGUCCUCAUCUCUGGUUGCUAUGUUUCAGAAGAGCUGAGAAGUCAGUGCCCAUGAGUGAGCCCUAGACCAAAGGAGACCGAGGCUGGUGAAUCAGUCCUUCUCUCUCUUUCCUCCUAGCGGGACUGUUUGGAGAGGUUGCGCUUCAAUCAGCCUCUUACAGGACAGUUCUGCAAGAUGGAGCAACUAGUCACAGUGAUACUAAGCAGUGGCCAGAUCAGAUGGUCCUCCCUCACCCCUGCUUGCUCUUUCUCCUUCUUGGCCUCACCUCACCUCCACCUGUGUCUUUGGGAUUGCUCUCGGGAACCAAGCAAUAGCCCAGAGGGCAUAGGCUCUGCCCUUUGGGGACCCAUGGGAAAUCUCCAUCAUACACGUCAACCCCCAUCAACUUUGCAAUUCAGGUCCAGAACUUCCUUCCCUGUCUCUCUGGAUGGAUGAAAUGAAGCAAUUUUGCUUCUGAGCACUAAAAUACUUUGAAACCAUAGCCAAGUAUUAUCAAAAUCACCAUAUAUCUAUGAGGACUCACCAGAAUGAAAUUUUAAAAAAUUUUAUUUUGGUUCUCCUAUGUAUCAAAUUGAAAUUAUUGAAGUCAUUUUUUAAUCUUGCAAAACCCCUGUAUAACACGGAAGAAAAUUUUCUGUAUGACUGUCAUUAAUUGUUUUUGGCAGAUCUAUUAAAUGGCAAAUGCAGAAACUGUUCAAAGGAAAGGUGCUGAUCACCAUAAUCGCAAACAGCGACAGCUUUGUGCUGAGUGGCGACAUGUCAGGGAUCUGAUGUGAUUUUUGACAAGUUGGAAGAAGCUUCCAGCAGUAGCUUUGAAAGCAGACCAAGAUGGGUUGAAAACCUGAAUCCCCAGCCUGUUGUUGCUGUCCCCUCCUGAUUAAUAUAUGAGAGACAACAGCUGAGUUUUCUAUCCCUAACACAUGCAUUUCAUUUUAUUUGGGGCUGCAUUUUUUGCAUGUCUCAUAUAUUUUAGGUUUUUACCUGGCGUUAAAAUAAAUUCCUUGUAAGUUGUCCUGCAAAUGAAAUUACUGUCUGGAAACCUGCAAUUUCAUCUUGAGAGUUUUAUUAUGCUAAUAAAUGUCAGGAUUCUCAAAUAAAGGAAUUGCCUCUUUUUGUUCCCCAAGCCCUACAAAUAUAAUGAAAAACAGUCAGCUACGACACUCAGCAGAGGGAAAAUUUACAAUCUAUAUCUAGAAAGAGAAGUUAUAAAAAACGCUAUGCAACUUGAUGGAAGAUAAAUUUCAGGGAAUGAAAAGGCAAGUGGGGAUACAGAUCCAGGGAGAUCCCUGAGUGACAAAUCUUUUUUAGGACCAUCUAGAGGUUCAGGGACUUAAACAGGGGUGUGUACAGAGUGGGCCCCUAAAUGGAAACACGAGUAUGAACAUCUGGGGUCCCGGGGGGAUUUGCUCCCCUUUGGUCCCUUUGAAACUGCCCUUAUCCUCAGGACUGACUUGGAAUCUCAGAUGAGUUUCUCCAUCUCUGGACCAUAGGUUUUGGGAAAUGGGCUAAGUAUUGACUGUUUCUGAAGGUAAUUGUGAAAAUGGCAUAAAAGUUUGUGAUAAUGACAAAUUUUUUAAGCCACAUGAGUGUGAAUUCUCACAACCAGACUUGAAGAAGGCAAUGCUGUCAUCUCCAUUUUGUACAAGGGGAAACUGAGGCACAGAAAAGUUCAUAUCUUUCCGAGAAUCACUUUUUUGGGAAGGUACAGCACAGGGAUUGGUCACAGCAUGGCUUGUGCAACGACAUGAGCUUUAAAUCAGUGCUUCUCUGACUGAUGUGUCAGCUGAAUCCUUGGCAAUGUUAGAAAUGUAGAUUCUCCUGUGGAUGUCAGGUUGAGCCUGAGGUUCUGAACUUCUAACCAACUUCACCCACACCCCCAACCUUGAGAUGACAGCUUUUAAAGCAGGGGUUGU